AUGUUGCAUGUGAAUCUUGCGACCUUUUGUUCGGGAAAAGGUCGUCGGCGACUGGACCAAAGUGGCAGAAAAGAUCUCAGCGUGUUGAGUUCCGAGGAACACUAUGACAAGUCCUUCGGCCCCAGCGUGAAGGUGGAAGGCUGGGUGGACCAUUGUGUGCCGGGGCAUCCCAAGGGUGGCGAGUGGUCCUAUACCGAGGAUGUCAUUGCUGAUGAGCACGAAGACGCAUGGAGUGUUGAUCUGGAGGCCAUCGCAGACUUGGGUGCAAACACGCUGCGCCUGUACAAUGUGAACCCGCAGAACAACCACUCCAAGUUCAUGCAGAAGGCCCUGUCUUUGGGCCUUUACGUCAUUGUGCCUUUGAACGGCAAGGAUUGGGGCUAUUUGCCUGCCUUUCCCUCACCUGACUGCUAUACGCAGGAGAUUGAGGGCUACGGCAAUGUAGGCGUGAACGCUUUGAGUUUUGCCAAGCAAGUGAUCCAGGAGUUCAGUCAGUACAACAACACCCUGCUUUUCACCGUCGCAAAUGAAAUGGCGCAGAACGACAAGAACGGCUGGGCCGCAUUUCCCUGCGUCAAAGCUUUGACCCGAGAUGUGCACAGAUACCAGGCCUCCUGCGGACAGACCAUGCGACGGGUGCCCUUGAUCUACUCCGAUGUGGACAUGGGCGCAGGUGAUCGAGGGGACGUGGCAGCGUAUUUGACCUGCGCUGUGGACAGCGAGGAUGAUGCCGUGGAUGUUUACGGCCUCAACGUGUAUUCCUGGUGCGACGAGGCUUAUCCUGGAGCCGGCAAGGCAGACAACUUCCAGUAUUCACCAUACUAUGAAAUCAAGAAGGACUUCAAAGAUAUGUCGGUGCCCUCCUCUUCACGGAAUUUGGUUGCAAUUUGGGCCAAUUCAAGACGAAGUGCCCGUAUCCGGGUGGACGGCAAUGGCCAGAGGUGA